AUGGCCUCCGAUGAAGAAGAAACAAUAGGAUCCUUGGUGAAGGAACAACAGGAACAUCAACCUUCACCUCGUUUGCAAUUGAAAAAGAAAACUGCACAAGUGGAAGCAGAAGCAGAAGUAACUUUCACAAAAACUCGAGUUGGACGAAGCAGGAGAUCUGUUGCUGGUUCUUCCUCUUCUUCCGAAACUACGACCACUGUUACUGUAAAGAAAACAUUGGAAAAGAAAUCGGAAAAGGAAGAAGAAGACGAAGAUGAUGAGCAAGUUGAAGACGAGGAAGACGAAGAUGAAGAAUUAGAAUUGGAAUCUGAAGAGGACGAAGAUGAUGAUGAUUACGAGUCCGAAGAAGACGUCAAGAAGAAAAAGAAAAAGCCAUCAAAAUCAACUAAAAAAACAAAGAAAGAAUCAACAAAGAAGACCAAAUCUGAAAGCAAUGGCAAGAAAAAGAAGACUAAACAAGCUGAUUUACCAUCAGCUGAUGUAUGUCCAUAUCCACCUGAUCAAACAACUAAACUUUCUAAAAAGGAUAUGAAAUCUUUAUUCAAAGCUGCAGGUGUGCAACAAAAUUUGGAUAAGGUCAAACAAUUUUUCGAAUCAUUUGACAAGGAUAAGGUUUUAGGAGCCAAAGAUUUGGACGGAUGGUCUGCUAUUUUACAAGCUUGCCGAUUUGGGAAUCAAGAUAUUGUGCAAUUUUUGAUUGGAAAAGGUGCAGAUGUCACCACUCAUGCUUCGGACAAACGUACUACUUUGCAUGUGGCAGCUCUUUGGGGAUAUUCUGAAAUUGUUGACACAUUAACUAAGCAUAACAAAUCAGCAGAAUAUUUAAUGGCAAAAGAUGCAUGGGGAUUGAGUGCUCAUAUUCUUGCUGAACGUCAAGGUCACAAAGAAAUUGCCAAGACGAUUCGCGCCUUGGUUCCAGAGGAUUUAUUGAAGAAAGAAGAAGAAGAAUUCAAACAAAAGAAGAGCAGAAAAAAGAAAACUGAGGGUGAAACUGAAAAGAAGAAGAAAACCACCACGAAAAAGACCACAACCACCAAGAAAACCACCACUAAAAAGACAAGCAAGAAGAAAAUUCUUGAGGACGAUGACGACAGUGAAAGCGAAGAAGAAUCAAGCGCUGAAGAUGAAUCUGAAAGCGAAAGUGAAGAAGAAGUCGCCACAAAGAAGAGAAAGGCACCACCACGUGCAGCAAAGAAAACUGAAGAGGAAAAGAAGGCUCCUGCUCCGAAGAAGGUGAAAACUGAACCAGUUAAAACCGAACCAGUUAAGAAAGCUCAACCUCCACCAAAGAAGCCCCCUUCAAGAAAGAAUAAGGUCAUUGACGAUGAUGACGAUGAGUAA